CCUCCCCACCCCCUCCUGAGACCAGAGCGGUGCCACAGCCUGUCCCAUAAUGCCCCUUUAUGUCCCACCAACAGUGCGGCUCCAGCGGGACGACAUUCAUUCCCUGGCAUCCUGCUUUCCCAGGGGCCUGUCCACCAACUAGCAGGCCCGUGCUGUGAGCACAGAACCCGGCUUGUCCUCGCCCCUGGAAUGUCCUGAGGCCAACGCGGUGCCUGGCACAAAUUCUGGACACCCACUGAGCAUAAACACCCCAUGAUCCGCGCCCCGGGACAACACGGAGUCUUCCGAGUCCUUGGGCACAGCGUCCAGCCCGGGCCAGCGGCGGCGCCGGCGCAGCAAUGACCCCCUCACCUCCAGCCCGGGCAGGAGCUCCCGGCGCGCCGACGCCCUCACCUCCAGCCCCGGCCGCGACCUCCCGCCCUUUGAGGAUGAGUCUGAGGGGCUGCUGGGCACCGAGGGCCCCCUGGACGAGGAGGACGAGGAGGGAGAGGAUCUGAUCGGAGACGGCAUGGAGAGGGACUACCGCCAGAUCCUGGAGCUGGACACCUAUGAGCCGGAGGGCCUGGCCCUGGACGACGAGGACGUGGAGGAGCUGACGGCCAGCCAGAGGGCAGAGGCUGAGCGGGUCAUGCGGCAGCGCGACCGGGAGGCGGGCCGGGGCCUGGGCCGCAUGCGCCGAGGGCUCCUGUACGACAGCGACGAGGAGGACGAGGAUCGGCCGGCCCGGAAGCGCCGGCAGGUGGAGCGGGCCACCGAGGAGGGUGAGGACGAGGAGGAGAUGAUCGAGAGCAUCGAGAACCUGGAAGACCUCAAGGGCCACUCGGUGCGAGAGUGGGUGAGCAUGGCGGGGCCCCGGCUGGAGAUCCACCACCGCUUCAAGAACUUCCUGCGCACGCACGUGGACAGCCACGGCCACAACGUCUUCAAGGAGCGCAUCAGUGACAUGUGCAAAGAGAACCGCGAGAGCCUGGUGGUGAACUACGAGGACCUGGCGGCGCGGGAGCACGUGCUGGCCUACUUCCUGCCCGAGGCGCCCGCCGAGCUGCUGAAGAUCUUCGACGAGGCGGCGCUGGAGGUGGUGCUGGCUAUGUACCCCAAGUACGACCGCAUCGCCAGCCACAUCCACGUGCGCAUCUCCCACCUGCCGCUGGUGGAGGAGCUGCGCUCGCUGAGGCAGCUGCACCUGAACCAGCUCAUCCGGACCAGCGGCGUGGUGACCAGCUGCACGGGCGUCCUGCCCCAGCUCAGCCUGGUCAAGUACAACUGCAACAAGUGCAGCUACGUGCUGGGGCCCUUCUCGCAGUCCCAGAACCAGGAGGUGAAGCCGGGCUCCUGCCCCGAGUGCCAGUCGCUGGGCCCCUUCGAAGUCAACAUGGAGGAGACCAUCUACCAGAACUACCAGCGCAUCCGGAUUCAGGAGAGCCCGGGCAAAGUGGCUGCCGGCCGGCUGCCGCGCUCCAAGGACGCCAUCCUGCUGGCCGAUCUGGUGGACAGCUGCAAGCCGGGAGACGAGAUCGAGCUGACCGGCAUCUACCACAACAACUAUGAUGGCUCCCUCAACACCGCCAACGGCUUCCCCGUCUUUGCCACGGUCAUCCUGGCCAACCACGUGGCCAAGAAGGACAACAAGGUCGCCGUCGGGGAGCUGACAGACGAAGACGUGAAGAUGGUCAUUAGCCUGUCCAAGGACCAGCAAAUCGGGGAGAAGAUCUUUGCCAGCAUCGCCCCGUCCAUCUACGGGCACGAGGACAUCAAGAGAGGCCUGGCGCUCGCGCUCUUCGGAGGGGAGCCCAAGAACCCAGGCGGCAAGCACAAAGUGCGGGGGGACAUCAACGUGCUCCUGUGCGGAGACCCCGGCACCGCCAAGUCGCAGUUCCUCAAGUACGUGGAGAAAGUGUCCAGCCGGGCCAUCUUCACCACGGGCCAGGGCGCCUCGGCCGUGGGCCUCACGGCUUACGUGCAGCGGCACCCAGUCAGCAGGGAGUGGACGCUGGAGGCCGGGGCCCUGGUGCUGGCUGACCGAGGGGUGUGUCUCAUCGACGAGUUUGACAAGAUGAACGACCAGGACAGGACGAGCAUCCACGAGGCCAUGGAGCAGCAGAGCAUCUCCAUCUCCAAGGCCGGCAUCGUCACCUCCCUGCAGGCCCGCUGCACCGUCAUCGCCGCCGCCAACCCCAUCGGAGGGCGCUAUGACCCGUCCCUGACCUUCUCAGAGAACGUGGACCUCACCGAGCCCAUCAUUUCCCGCUUCGACAUCCUGUGCGUGGUGCGGGACACAGUGGACCCCGUCCAGGAUGAGAUGCUGGCCCGCUUCGUGGUGGGCAGCCACAUCAGGCACCACCCUGGCAACAAGGAGGAGGCUGGGCUGGGCGGCGGCGACGCCCCGGAGCCCGCCGUGCCCAACACGUACGGCGUGGAGCCCCUGCCGCAGGAGGUGCUGAAGAAGUACAUCAUCUACGCCAAGGAGAAGGUCCGGCCAAAGCUCAACCAGAUGGACCAGGACAAAGUGGCCAAAAUGUACAGUGACCUGCGGAAAGAGUCCAUGGCCACGGGCAGCAUCCCCAUCACCGUGCGGCACAUCGAGUCCAUGAUCCGCAUGGCCGAGGCCCACGCGCGCAUCCACCUGCGCGACUACGUGAUGGAGGACGACGUGAACAUGGCCAUCCGCGUGAUGCUGGAGAGCUUCAUCGACACGCAGAAGUUCAGCGUCAUGCGCAGCAUGCGGAAGACGUUCGCCCGCUACCUCUCCUUCCGGCGGGACAACAACGAGCUGCUGCUUUUCGUGCUGAAGCAGUUGGUGACGGAGCAGGUGACGUACCAGCGCAACCGCUUCGGGGCCCAGCAGGACACCAUCGAAGUGCCAGAGAAGGACUUGGUGGAUAAGGCCCGGCAGAUCAACAUCCACAACCUCUCGGCCUUCUACGACAGUGAGCUCUUCAGGAUGAACAAGUUCAGCCUCGAUCGGAAGCGGAAAAUGAUCCUCCAGCAGUUCUGAGCCCCGGCGGGAGCUCUGCCUCCAGCCCCGGAGUUGCGGACAGGAAACCAGAGCUGGGGGCUCCGUGCAAGGGGCCGCCGGCUUCAGCCUCCCUCGCGGGGCUCAAGCCACAUCAAGGGACCCUGGCGUUCUGCCUCUUCGUCUCCACUUCCUGCUUCUCACUAGCCUGCAAGGUGCUGGUCGUCACUUGGCUCCACUGUGUUGAAGGCAGUAUUGGUGUGUGGGUGUGUGUGUGGGGUGUGUGUGUGUAAGGUGCUGGUCGUCACUUGGCUCCACUGUGUUGAAGGCAGUAGGGUGUGUGUGUGUGUGUGUGUGUGUGUAAGGUGCUGGUCGUCACUUGGCUCCACUGUGUUGAAGGCAGUAGGGUGUGUGUGUGUGUGUGUGUGUGUGUGUGUGUGUGUGUGUGUGUGUGUGUGUGUGUCCAAGGAGCUCGAGGGCCGCAUCCUGGCUGCCUCUCCCCCCCACGCUGGCCAAAGACCAGGUCCAGGGCUUUGCUCAUCCUGAAUUCCUCUGGGCUCCUGUGGGCAGCGCUGGCUGCCAGGGCCCAGCUUCCCCACGCGUGAGAGGGUCAGGGCUGGUGCGGGACAGGCGUUAGUGCUGGCCGCGUCUGCGGCGUCACCCUUUCGUUGUUCUGUGCAUUCACGUUUUGUUGCUGUGAUCUUAUAUUUAAUAAAGUGGGA